AUGACCCAAUACGGCAAAUUUCACGUACGGCCACCUCGUUCGCUGUGUAUACUCGAGUCUGACACGUCGCCUAUAGNNGACUUUUGUCGCGACACGGGCAGCUUGCGCUCAACUCUGCCAGUGUGUAAUUAUUANGGGAAAUGCAACUCUUCCUCGUCGGCUUCAUCAUCAUCUCAAUCUGCGAAAUUUUCACCAUCGGCUGGUUCCCUCUUGAUGGCGCUGUGCGACGGGNCCUUCACUGCCGUGCACAUCGCUUCGAUCAUUGCGACUACAUGGAUCCUUCUCAUGAAUGGUGCCGUCGGCUAUCAGUUCUUGGACGAUGGAACCUUUGUCUCACUCGCCCUGAUCUUUGGUUCGGCGGCUAUCCUCUUUGUCGGCACUGGCUACAUUGCGCUCGACACCGGUUUCAGCUGGACUGGAUACUGGGAUGACACGCUCGUUGCCCCAAACCGCGCGUACGCCCUCUACACGUUGUAUCAGCUUGUGCCUCUGGUCUUCCUCAGCAUCUUCUUUAUCCUCGAGGCUUUCAUUGUCGUCAGAGUUCUCGGCGAGAUUAGACCCAUGUGUAAGUUUGGCGUAAUUGUUGUCUGGGAGAGCACUGCUGACCUGUCUUUUCAGNUCUACCUCGUCGCAGCAAUGCUCCUCUUCGCCAUCGGACAGGUCUUCCAAUACGUCAUCAGCGUACAUCUCUGCAAUGCGACCAACGGAGCCAUCAACGGAGGACUCUUCGAAACCCUAUUUACCCUUCUCUCCAUCAUCAUGAUCUGGGUCUUCUGGUCCAGUAUCACCGAAGACGACUGGCCUCUGCCUUCUACUGAGACCAGCACAUAUAACUAA